AUGGCGGGCAAGGGAGGAGCAGAGAGGGGAGAGAGAGGGCAGAGGAGGACGGGAUCUAUUCUCAUCCUCACCAACAGGAUAGGAACAUUCUCCGGUCACACAGGAGGCGGCAGUGCGAUGAGGGAGAAGCUAUGUGCAGCGCUGGUGCGGGAGGGAUACGAGCUGAAGAUGUUUGCCGCUGGCAAGCAUGAGAGUGCUGAUGUUGUCUUUACUGAUUACUGUCCUAUGAUGCUUCCCACUUGGAGAGCGCUCAAGUCAAUCUGGAAGCUGUUGAAGGAGAGCGACCUUGUGAUCGUCUCCGGGAGCUAUACUCCGUGCAUUCCCUUUGGUUUGUUGAUGGCAAAGAUCUUGGGGAUAAGAUCGCUCGUCAUCUUCACUACAGACAGCGACCAGGUUGUGAGAACGUACUAUCAAGGGAUUGAGAGGUUGGUUUGGUGGUACCUCUACAGCUGGACUGACAGACUCACUGCAUCGUUGGCAAGCAAGGUGUACACAAGGUCUGAAGAAUACCAGGCGAAGCUGAGAAACCUGCACGGCAUCUGCUGUGACGGAGUGAUGGUGCAGAGCGACCAGUAUGGCGCCUUUCAUGCCGAGCAGAGGGACUCUGACGAGGAGAUACGCAAGGCAAGGGACCUCCUGUCGGGCGGCAACUCCCAUCGUCCGCUGAUGAUCUAUGCGGGCCGAUGGGCAGCGGAGAAGAGGAUCGAGCUGUUGGUAGCGAACAAGCCUCGUGACUUCAUCGUUGCCAUCGUUGGUAAUGGAGAUGGAUCGGGAGCGGCAGACGCCAUACAUGCCAUGCACAACCCAGACGAGGGCGUGAUCUGCCUCCGCGAAUUCGUGUCGCAUGAUCGGCUGCGAGUCAUGUACAAGGCAGCAGAUAUCCAUGCUUCUGCCUCUGACUUCGAGAGCCUCGGGAACUCGGCCCAUGAGUCUCUGCUGUGCGGAACACCUGUCGUCUUGCAGAGAGCAGGCGGGUACAUCAGCCAGGUUGAAGGCGAGGAGCAGGGCUUCCUCGUGGAUUGGAAGGACAAGCAGGAGGUACAGGAAGCGCUCCGCAAGGCUUUGAAGCUCAAGAACAAGGUUCAUCCCCGACAGAGAAAGACCGAAGAAGGCACUGAGAUCGUUCGGAGACUGUUGGCAAAGCCCGGCCCAGCUCUCCUUCCUUGCUCCUUGUAUGGCUGGCGCGUCCUCCUCCCUUGGACCCUGAGGUUCCCAGCAUUCUUGGUGCUCACCAUGGCGUACGUGAAUCUGCCCAACUCAUGGCCACGGGCACUAGUGCAAGGUCAGGCGAAGUGA